CGCUGGAGACUGAGAGAGACUGAGAGAGACGGGCAGAGACGAGGAGGGGAGAGACGAGACGAGACGAGACGGGACGGGCGCUGCGAGCGGCGCGGACACUUGAAGUUUGUCCAUGAAUCUUCCCGCGGGCGCCGGCGAUGAAGCGGCUGCUACUGUGCUGCCUGGUGGCCGCCGUCACUCCCCAGGCCCACACACAGGAUACCAACACAAUUGUCCAGGGUGUGAGUUGGCCGGACUUUGUCCACCCGAAUAACCGAACACAGUUGUGCCACUGGCCAUGCAGGUGUCCGAGACUCUUGCCCCGAUGCCCACCAGGGGUCAGCCUGGUGCUGGACGGUUGCGAGUGUUGCAGGACUUGCGCCAAGCAGCUGAGGGACAACUGCACGGAGGCAGAUGUUUGUGAUUACCAUCGAGGGCUCUACUGCGACUAUAGUGGCGACAGACCUCGAUACGAGGUGGGAGUAUGUGCAUAUCUGGGUGGAGUUGGAUGUGAGCUGAACGGGGCGAUUUAUUCCAACGGCCAGAGUUUCCAGCCCACCUGCAAGUAUAAAUGUACGUGUAUGAACGGAGUGAUUGGCUGUGUCCCCGUCUGCAGACGGUCUCGUCCACCUCUGGUCUGGUGCCACAACCCCAAACGUGUGAAGAUGCUGGGACGAUGCUGCGAGCUAUGGAUCUGUGACCAGUCCCAGAAGCUGCUGAAGGCGGCACCUGUCCAGGUGUCCAUGUCAGCUUACACAGGGGAAUCGGAGGUGUGGCAUCACAACUGCCUGCUGCAGACUACGCCAUGGAGUCCUUGCUCAAAGUCUUGUGGAAUGGGAAUAUCAACCAGGAUUUCCAAUGAAAACAACCAGUGUAAAGUGGUGCCAGAACGGCGCCUUUGCUAUUUAAGGCCCUGCAACAUUGACAUCACCAAGCACAUCAAGGAGGGGAAAAAGUGCCGCAGCGUGGUGAAGCAGGUGGAGCCCAUCAACUUUACCCUGUCGGGGUGUGUUAGUAGACGAACAUAUCGGCCCAAGUACUGUGGUGUUUGCACGGACAACCGCUGCUGCACUCCCUACAAGUCAAAGACCAUCCAGGUGAACUUUGACUGCCCUGAUGGUCUGGCCUUCUCCAAGAAUCUAAUGUGGAUAAACUCCUGUUUCUGCAACUUCAGGUGCAAGAAUCCCAAUGACAUAUUUGCAGAUCUAUUGUAUUAUCCUGACUAUUCCGAAAUCUCAAACUAACUCUUCAAGAUGGAUGGCCUUUGUUGGAUGCAGGGAUAUAUGCACAGCUGAAGUUACAAUAGAAACAUUGUACCUUUUAUCAAUUGCCUGAAAGAUACCAGUUGUGUAUCUCAGCUCUGAGAAAUUAUUAUUUUUGUCAAAUUAAGAUAAAUUUAUUUAAUGAAUGAAAAUAUUCACCAAAGGUUUGAAGAUAUUAUUUACUGAGAUGUCGCUUUAAUUCAAGAUGCAGCAUCCAUGGAUAAUUUCAUGGUGCACUUGUCUGCAUCUUCCAGAGAUAACAAUCCAAGUCUGCCCAACCUCUCCUUUAUCCAUUCAUCAUCGUUGAAAACAUUAGCAACACAGCGGUUCUGGUUUCCGAUGGGAAUGGUGAUGGACGCACCACACAUCUCUGUCCUCCAGUUCCUGCUGACUUCCGCCGCUGGAAGUAUAGGAUUUUGGUGUGUGUGUGUUUUAUCAUCAUUCCUUACAAUGCUGAGUACGACAGUGAUCGCAGCUUCUACUGAAGUGUGGAUGGCCGUUGGCUCGCUAGAAGCUCAUCCGCCCUUUGCCAGGUCUUGUUUUUGGUCCUGCUGGGGGUCCACGGCCCCCUCCUCACCUGGCAAACCAGGUGGGGGAGACGGUUUAGUCGCCGACUAUCCGAACAUUGAGCUUGUAGCAUGGGAUUACAUGGUACCCGUGGCGGUGGGAACUCCCCCUCUCCCUGACCUGUAGCUGAUAUCCUCUAAUGCAGGCAGCAUUCUGGGAAACCUGCACCCUCUCCAAAGCAUCCACAUCCUUCUUGUAAUGGGGUAAAUCCACACAAUACUCCAAAUGUGGCCAAACCAAAGUCCUCUGGAGAUGCGUCAUGAUGUACUCAACGCCUCGAUCAAUGAAGGCAAGUAAUCUACCUACUUGAGUUGCCACUUUCAGGAGCGCUGCAGAUGGACACCAAAAUCCCUCUGCACAUUUAUGCUGCCCUUAUGUUCGACUUUCCAAAGUGCAGCACUUCAUACUUGCUCGAAUUAAACUCCACCUGCCAUUCCUCCGCCCAUUUCAGUAGCUGUUCCAUACCCCGUUGUAUGUUUUAACAAUCUUCCUCAGUCCGCUCCACCAGUGAUCUUGGUAUCAUCUGCAGAUUUACUACAUUUAUGUCCAAGCUCUUUAUAUUUCACAGAGGUCCCAGCACAGAUCACAUCCACAACCCACAGAUCACAUCCACAACCCACAGAUCACAUCCACAACCCACAGAUCACAUCCACAACCCACAGAUCACAUCCACAACCCACCUUAGGUAGUUAGUUCCUUUGUGCUGUGAACUUGAUAAAUAUAAUCCGUAUUUUUUCCAAUGACAAAUUAAUUUUAAUUAGCUGAACUUUUCAACGAAGGUUUCUGCUAGGAAAUGCAAACUUCAGACAUGAUGUGACUUCCAUCCCUCACCUCUGGAAGAUGCUAAUCUGUAAAUGAGAGCAAUCUACACAGAGAAGAAAGGUGAAUGAGUCAGGUAAUGAACAGGAGUUCAGGUGGAUGAGCUUUGACUGUGGCCUGUCCUCACUCUCACUAUGAUCUUCUCAGACAGUACAAAUUAGUCUCAGCGCACAACAUCAAAGUGAAAUAACAAACUGUACGAUUUGUUAUCAGGAUCGCACUAAAGAAACGCUUUAAUAAAGAAAAUGUAUUUACUGCUA